AUGGCUCUCCAAAUAACCUUGUUUCCAAAUCAAGGCUUUUGUAUUGGCAUCACCACGCACCAUGCAAUCGUGGACGGCAGUACUGCGAUCACGUUCAUGAAAUCCUGGGCUAAUCUAUGCACACAACUAGAUAAACAAGACGCUUUUUUAUUGCCAGAACUUACUCCGUCCUUUGAUCGGACCGUGAUCAAAGACCCGACUGGACUUUACAUGGUGUACUUGAAGAACUGGUUAAAUUACUCGGGGUCCGAUAUUUCAGAAGUCAACCAGCCAAGCUUGAAGGUGUAUGAAGAUUUAGGAGUAAAUCGCAACACAAUUCGAGCCACGUUUAAGCUGAGUCGUGAAGAUAUAAAGAAACUCAGAGAAAUUAUAUUGUCAAGAGUAGAAGGGACAAAACCUAUAAAGCAGCCUCAUUUAUCCACUUUUGUGGUUACAUAUUCGUAUGUUUUGAUUUGUCUCGUGAAAGCCAGAGGGAGAGAAGGUAACAGAAACGUUAACUUUAUGUUCCCAGUGGAUUAUAGAAACCGUUUGGCUCCUUCCGUCCCUGCAAAUUAUUUCGGCAAUUGUGUUUUUCUUCUUAAAUCGAUAAUAAAGGCAAGUGCUUUGAUAGAGGAAAAUGGGAUUGCGAUUAUCGCUAAGAAAAUCAGUAACAUGAUAAGAGAGAUUGACGAGAAAGGACUCUUUGAAGGUGCUGAAGGGAUAUUAGAAGACUUGAUGAAAAUGGAAGCAGGAGACCAAACGAUUGGUCUUGCUGGUUCGAUCCGGUUCAAUGUUUACGGAGUUGAUUUCGGCUGGGGAAGGCGGAAGAAGGUAGAGAUAGUUUCUGUUGAAAAAACAGGAGCAAUAGCUAUGGCGGAGUGUCGAGAUGGGAACGGCGUUGAAAUUGGUGUGGUUCUGAACAGUCAUGAAAUGGAAAUUUUCAAGUCUUUCUUUGUUUCUGGUUUGCAAAAUCUCUGA